AUGGAUAAAACCCUGUGUGAACAGUUUGAUACAUUGAGAAACUAUUUACCCGAUGACUUAAGCAAAGCUGCAACUAGUGAUAUUAAUAAUUUAGAGAACAUUAAGUAUUACUGCUCUAAUGAAGAAUCAGAGGAAAAAGAAUGUGAGACUGAGUUCGAUAAAAUUAAGGCUGGAUGUUUAUGGUUGUUUGAGCAAUUGUUUGUGAAAAAUGGAAAAAAUAUCAAUAUUGUUCAAUACAUUAUCAUAUGGUUAAGUUAUAAACUAAAUCAAAAGACGUAUAACGGAAUCAACAAUUUAAAUGAUUUUUAUAAUAAAUGUAUAAAAGAUAAUAGGCAUUAUACUAAUUGUAAACAAGGUAAUCAAAAUUGUAGUACGUCAUUAAAUAGUAAUACAGGAUAUAACAAUUAUAAGGAAAUCAUAAAUGGAAGAAAGAAUUUGUUGAGUACUAAUAUUAAAAAUAUGUCUAAAAUUUAUGAUGCAUUUAAACCAUUAUGUAACAUGUAUACUGAAAUUGUUGGAAGCAACAUAAUAUCUGAUAAAUCUAUACAAAAUGCUAAAAAAUUUGUUGAAAAAUAUAAUGAACUUAAUAAAGAUUCUGGUAACACUGAAGAUGACGCCUAUUGUCAAGUAUUGUCUACAUUAUUAAAUGAUUAUAAUAAUUUAAAAGAGUAUUGUGAUAGUAAUAACAUUGAUUGUAGCAAUAUUACAUUUCUUACAUCGACAAAAACAGAAGGAAAUGGUGUGCAAAGUUCUGAAGAGAGUUCUGGACCGAGUUCUGAAGUUACAUCAUCAAGUUCGUCGAUAACAAGCAAAUUAAUUCCAGUUUUAUUGAUACUUGGUGCAAUACCAAUUUUUUUGGGAAUUGCUUAUAAGUAUUCAUUAUUUGGAUUUCGGAAAAGAGUUCAAAAACAUUUAAGAGAAAAGAUAAAAAAAUAA